AUGACAACUUCAAAUUUCUCUAUCGAAGACUUGGCCAAUUCUUUAAUCGGAAGACUUGACCGUCGAAGGAUAUUUCCACCUUAUUACAAUAAUCCAGAAGGUUUCGUAUCACCGGCAACUUCAAUCACCAACAGUUCGUGCAGGAGACCGAGGCGCCCACCGAAUGCGUUUUUAUUAUGUAGAAAGAAUGUCCAUCAAGAAGCUAAAAGACGAGGAUCUUGCAAUAUGAGAGUUAUUAGUAAAGUAACAGGAAUUCUCUGGCGAAAUGCAUCCCUAGAGGAGAAGGAAGUUUAUGAGAGACUGGUAUUGUAUUAA